AUGAAUCAAAAAAGUGAAUUUCACGGCUAUCCAAAAAUAAUGUUGUGGAACCCGGCUACCACGGAAUUCAAAAUCAUUUUUGAAGAAUAUGAUGGUUUUUCAAAGGAUUGGUCCGAUCAUUAUCAAGUCGGUUAUGAUUAUGUUAAAGAUGACUAUAAGAUGAUUAGGCGCACUCAUCGCCGUCCUAGAACAAGUGAAUGCGGGAUUUCCACCUUCUGGGAGAUAUUUAGCUUAAACAAUAACUCUUGGAGGAAAAUUGAUGGCCAUUUUCCUCACUCAUCUCACUCAUAUAGAUGCAGUGAAGAAGUGUACGUGGAUGGAGUGUCUCAUUGGUGUGAAAAAAUUGGAACACAUACACAUUUGGUGUCAUUUGACUUCAGCAUAGAAUCUUUUAUUACAACACCCGUGCCCUCUUACACAGAUGAUGUUUUUGAUAUUAUUUCAAAAAUGUGGAUGAGGAAGAGAAUUUUGACGGUAUUAAAUGGAUCUAUUGGUUUUAUAGUACAUUCUGAAGAGACAAGUACAUUUCAUAUUUUAAUUUUGGGUGAACUCGGUGUAGAAGAAUCGUGGACUAAACUCUUUAUUGUUGGCCCUUUACCUUGCCUUAAGAUUCCAAUUGGAAUAGGGAAGAAGGGAAAUAUAUUGAUAAGCAAGAAAGACAAGGAACUAGCUUGGUUUGAUAUAAGUACCGGAACUAUUGAUGAAAUUGGUGUUACAGCAGAAACUCAUGUAAAUGUUUCCUCUACAUUUCUUAUCGAUGAUCAGAAGGUCAAGAGGGUUUGUAUUGCUUUGGUGCCAAGUUUGAAUUUCUUGAACUCCACCACCAAUCCUCACUGCCAGCCACAUGGGUCGUAUAGAUCUCGCAGGAAUCUAAGAAGCCUCGCUGGACAAGGCAGGUUUCAGAAGAAGCAUGAUGCUGCUGCUGCUGGUUUCAGAGUUCAGGAAAUUGUUCUCGCCACUAUGACUUCAUAUAUAUACCCUUCUAAUGGCAAAUGUCAAUGA